AUGGAUAGUUUAAGCUCGACUCCUAUUGAAAAUAAUAAUGAGACAGAACCAAGUCAAGAUGAUGAGGGUCAAGCAAUUGAAGCACAUGUUCAAGGAACACAAGAAGAAGGACAAGAAGAAACACAAGAGGGAGGGCAAGAAGUUAGCCAAAGUGUGCAAAACAGUUCUAACAAGAAAGGAUUAACUUCUGAGGAUUGGAAACAUUUUAGGAGGGAGCAAAUAGAUGGAAAGUGGAAGGCAAUAUGUAAAUAUUGCGAAAGAAAGAUUGGAGGUGACCAAGGAACUAAGCACUUGCAUGAUCACAUUAGAAUUUGCCCGAUUCGUACUAUUAGGGGACCAAAGCAAUCAAUAUUGAAGACAGUGUUUGUAUAUGUGCCUGCACCCCAUACUGCUGAAGUUCUUAGUGAUGUUUUGGUGAAUUCCUUGUAUGAUUGGAAUAUAGAUAGAAAAUUGUCAACUUUAACGGUUGACAAUUGUAGUACAAAUAAUGCUAUGAUUCAUCUUGUGCUUGAUAAGAUUUCACCAUCUAACUUUGUUAAGAGAGGAGAAUUUUUUCACAUGCGUUAUUGUGCUCACAUUGUGAAUUUGAUUGUGAAAGAUGGCAUGAAUGCAAUAUAUGGUUCUAUUGAAAAAAUCAGAGAUAGUGUUUCUUUUUGGGUUGCAACACCGAAGAGGGAAGAAAAAUUUGAAGAGACUUGUAUGCAAUUGAAUAUUAAUUAUAGGAGAAAGCUUGCACUUGAUUGUAGAACUAGAUGGAAUUCAACUUAUCUAAUGCUUACUUCUGCUUUGCCAUAUAGAGAAGUUUUUGAGCGUUUAAGACAUCGUGAAUCUUUGUAUAAAGUUGUACCAUCUGAUGAUGAGUGA